GUAGGGGAUCAUCUGGAGGGCAGGAGAAGACAUGGCCUGGAACUGGUCCGGAGGUUCAGGGAAGACCCCCAAAAGGAGGAACCCUUCCAGGUCAGAGUUUGAGGUACCAUGUGUGCCACUUCCAGGAGGCUGGAAUGGAGAGAGCUGUUCGAGGAAUGCCCUUGCAGUGCCCUCCUAAGCUGGAACGACUCAAUGCCUACGAGCGUGAAGUGGUGGUGAAUAUGUUGAACUCGCUGUCACGGAACCAGCGGCUGCCGCAGAUCACUCGCCGAUGCGGGUGCGUGGACCCGCUGCCGGGCCGCCUGCCCUUCCAGGGUUAUGAAAGCUCUUGCUCAGGCCGCCACUACUGUCUACGCGGGAUGGACUACUACGUGACCAGAGCACCCUGCACGGAACGCCGCCACCGGCCUUUGUGCGCAGAGCAGCCGACCGUAAGGGGUGUAUCGCCCUGCGAGCACCGGCCCGGAAUGCAAUGUGCUGUUAUAACUCCCCCGCCGUCAUACUACCCUUGUCCGAACCUUAGAUGGGACACAAGUCACUUCAAGAAGACCGGUGGCUCCCAAAGAAACAACUAUGUCAUCCACCCUGAGUUUGUGUCUGAAACCUAUCCUGAUUGCCACUGCUGGUAGAGCCCAGGCUGGUGGGGACAAGGGGGCUGAGCAGUAAAUAAACUCUUCACCCCA